AUGAGAAAAGGAGGUGCUAAAAGAAAGAGGGAAGAGGAUGAAGGAGAUGUAUCUAUGCAAGGUGAAGAUGAGGAUAGCAGAAGUGGCGUUGCUGUUAAAGUAGAACCUCCCAAAGGAAAAGAAAAAGAUCCUGAAUUCUCUGCUCCUAAAGGCCAGAAGCUAACUGAUUUGGAUGAAGAAAAUUUGGCUACUAAUGGACCACCAAAAGAGAUCGAAGGCAACGCAAUCGAACAAACUCACUAUAUUGUUGUUCCUUCAUAUUCGGCUUGGUUCGAUUACAACACUGUUCAUCAAAUCGAAAGAAGAGCUUGUCCAGAAUUCUUCAAUGGCCGUAACAAGAGCAAAACUCCCGAAGUAUACCUGGCUUACCGUAACUUUAUGAUUGAUACUUAUCGUCUUAACCCUUUUGAAUAUUUGUCCGCAACUGCUUGUCGCAGAAAUCUUGCUGGAGAUGUAUGCUCUAUUGUCAGACUUCAUGCAUUCCUCGAACAAUGGGGUCUCAUUAAUUAUCAAGUUGAUAAUGACUCUCGUCCUGCUCCGGUUGCUCCUCCUCCAACCAGUCAUUUCAUGGUUCUUGCUGAUACACCUUCCGGAGUUCAGCCAAUCAAUCCUAAUCCAUCUAAUUAUGCUCCUGAAAAGAAAGCUGAGCCAGUCGAAGACGGCGAAAAGGCUAAAGUUGAACAAUUGUCUAACGUAGGUCUCAGAACUGAUCAAUAUCAAAAGAUGUUAGCUGCCAUGAAGGCGAAAGGUGCUGCUCCAGGCCGAGACUGGACUGACCAAGAAACUUUACUGCUUUUGGAAGGAUUAGAAAUGUUCAAAGAUGAUUGGAAUAAAGUUUCCGAUCAUGUUGGGACUCGCACACAAGACGAAUGCAUCUUGAGAUUCCUUCAACUUCCAAUUCAGGAUCCAUAUCUUUCUGGUGAAGAAGGUGUUGGUGCGACAGAUGUUCUAGGACCCUUAGCUUAUCAGCCAAUCCCGUUCUCUCAAUCCGGUAACCCAGUCAUGUCCACUGUUGCCUUUUUGGCAUCAGUUGUCGAUCCAAAAGUUGCUGCUGCUGCUUCUAAGGCUGCCAUAGAAGAGUUCUCAAAGAUUAAAGAUGAAGUUCCUCCUCUUGUUCUGGAAGCACAUGCUCGCAAUGUUCAAGCUCACGAAGAGAAAACUGGCGUUGUCGACGGUACUGUUGGAUUAGCUAAAUCAGGAAUAGCCAUAGAAGAGAAAAAGGAAGACACAGAAGGCGAAAAAAUGGACACCACUGAACCUGUCGAGAAGAAAGUUAAUGAUGUUGAAUUGGAAGAAACUGCUAAGAAAGCUGUUAGCGAGAAAGUUCAGGAAGCUGCCGCUAGUGCUCUUGCUGCUGCUGCUGUUAAGGCAAAGCAUCUCUCUACGAUUGAAGAACGUAGAAUCAAAACAUUGGUUGCUCAAUUAGUCGAAACUCAAAUGAAGAAAUUAGAAAUGAAAUUGAAACAUUUCGAUGAACUAGAGCAAAUUAUGGACAAGGAACGUGAAGCGUUAGAGUACCAACGUCAACAAUUGAUAUUAGAACGCCAAGCUUUCCAUCAAGAUCAACUUAGGUAUUUGGAGCAACGCGCUAAACACGAAGCUCAUAACAAAUUGGUGUCUGCGGGACAACUUCCUCAUGGACUACCACCCGGUUUCGAAGUUUCUGGGCCACCACAGCCUACACCUCAAGUCCAAGUGGCCAUUCCACCUAGCCAAGAUAAUCCAAAACAAAUUGUGGAAAAAAUUGACUCUGCCGAAGUUACUCCUGCUCCUCAGCCUUCUCAGCCAACGCCUACUACAACUCUUCAUAGUGCUCCUGCACCAGCUCCACCAACUCCAGCAACUACAGCAGCUCCUCCUCAACCACCAGUACAAGUGCCUCCACAGUCUCAACCUGCCCCACCACAUGCUGCUCCUGUUCCUGGACCAACUAGCCAACAGAACCCAGGCUAUGCUCCUCAACAACAUGCCCCUGGACAUUACCCACCACAUACUCAACCAGGAUUCCCACCACAGGGAUAUCCAGGACCAGGACAAUAUUACGGAGGUCACCCCGGCGGUUACCCUCCUCAACAACAACCAGGAUAUUACAAUCAAGGCCGACCAUACCAGCAACCACCUGCCCCUGGAUAUCAGAGACCACCUUAUCAGGGACAGCCUCCUUAUCAAGGACCUCCUAGACCAGGACCAUAUUCUUCUGGCUCAUACCCUCAGCAAGGACAUGGAGGAUAUGCUCCACCUCAAGGUUAUGGCCAAGGUCCCCCAGCACACUAUCCUCCCCCAGGCGGUGCUCCACCAGGUGCUCCUGGUGGACCCCCUGGAGCCCCAGGGCAACCUCAAAUGCCAUCUCAACAAGCUUCCUUGCCCCCUGUAUCUGAAGCAGCUGAUGCUGCCACGCCACCUAUGCAUCAAGGUGAGAAGACGGAGUAA